UAGUGAUGGACGAUCUCCGCAAUUAACUUACCUCAAGCUCCAAUUCGUAACGUCCCUUCUACAUCACCAGCACAGAAGAUCUCGAUGUUGUCUUGCCAUCACUCGCCUUCGUAGGCACAAAAUAUGGCUGCCCCGGCAGUCUCGCGCUUGUCGCGUUAUACCGUUUGCUCCGACUGCCUAACAAGAGUCUCCCGCCAUGCCUCCUUGUCCGACACUUUUCUACGCUCAUCUACGCAGGCAAAGAGGAACCUUCACACAGGCUCAUCACGUGCCAGUGGCGGGCCUCGAGGCACUGGCAGGCACUCGCAGAGUUUCGUUCGGGACUAUUUCUCCGCCAACAACUCUCUCGAAAGAGGAUGGGUCAAGAGCGGACUCUUAGCUGCGAUGCGCACAGUGGCGGAACCACAGCAGAGCCGAGGGACUGUGCCAAUUCGGCAGGAUCAAAGAUCCCGCGCAGAGGAGGAAUUUGGCAGGAUAUCUUCAGAUCACAAAGAGGCCAUGCUUAAAACAAGAGAAGGUCAAGAAAUCGAGUCAACAAGGCAAAUACCACAAGUCGUCCACGCCGAGCCCGACACUCAAUCAGAAGACCUGCUACCUCACAGGAGAAGGAAGAGACGGAAAGAAAGCGAAGUCUUACCACCUCGUGUUGAGGUCGAAGAAUCAUUACCGCUCGAUGCCUCAUCGCAGCUAACCACCGCCGCUGCAUCCAUGCCAACUUCCGCCACCUUUCGCCGCAGAAUGGCCACCUACCUUUCCCUAACCAAACCUCGAUUGUCCUUCCUGAUCCUCUUGACAACGACCUCAGCAUACUCUUUAUAUCCCAUCCCCGAACUUCUCUCCUCCACAGCCUCUUCCGUGGAGUCGUCAUUUUCCACAUCGACCCUCACGCUACUUUUCUUGACUUCCGGCACCUUCCUAUCAUGUGCGUGCGCCAACACACUCAACAUGCUUUUCGAGCCUCAGUACGACGCUCUCAUGACCCGAACCCGAAACAGGCCGCUCGUACGAAACCUCAUCUCCAAGCGCGCCGCAUCAUUUUUUGCACUCCUAUGUGGAGCGUCAGGACUACUCCUCCUAGGCUACGGCACCAAUCCUACCGUGGCCGGACUUUCGGCUCUAAACAUCUUCCUGUACGCCGGCGUCUACACACCGAUGAAAAGAAUCUCCGCUGCCAAUACAUGGGUCGGUGCCAUCGUGGGCGGCAUACCGCCCUUGAUGGGAUGGUGUGCGGCCGCCGGCGAAGUCGCCACCUCGGAGCACCACUCAUGGCAAGAUCUCCUCUUCUCCGAGAGCUCUGUCGGGGGCUGGGCUCUGGCAGCGCUACUGUUUGCCUGGCAAUUCCCUCACUUCAUGUCCUUGUCUCACACCAUCCGAGACGACUACAAAACCGCCGGGCAUAAAAUGUUGGCUUGGACCAAUCCUGCGCGAAAUGCACGAGUCGCACUACGCUACUCGAUUGCCAUGUUCCCGAUAUGCGGAUUGCUCUACUGGUCAGGAUACGUGGACUCGGGUUUCCUAGCCAUCAGCACCGCUUGCAAUGUCUGGAUGACCCGUGAAGCGAUUCGUUUCUGGAGAAAACAAGGCGCCGGUGGUAGCGCCAGAGGACUUUUCUGGGCAAGUGUAUGGCAGCUACCUCUUGUGCUGGUCGGAGCGUUGGUAUGUAAGAGAGGGUUGUGGGAUGGGUUCUUCGGCACACCCGAAAAUCUCUAUGACGAGGCUGACGAAGUUGAUUUCGACGGUGAUGCGUUGGGCAUGGAGUCGGCAAAUCAGCCGUCGACACCUCAGGGCAGUAUCAGCACGGCCGUGCUUGGACUGAAGAAGCCAACAUGAGGAGGCUACUUCGACUGAGUCGAAAAGCUAUGUGCUGCCAGCCUCUCUAAAACUAGGAUCAGGCCGCAGAAGGUGGUCUCUGGUAGUGGCUGAGGAAGCAUGUCUCGACGAAACUGCUUCUGUGUCUACAGUAAAUGCGGAUCAUGAAAGUCGAAUCAUAUUUUAGAUAUCGAACGGUCUUCAGGCUACGAGAUAAUGGCUAGGAAUAUCCCCUCCCCUAUUGAACAUAGUAUUAGAAAU